AUGGAGCCGCAGGACCUCCAGGAGUGGGCACGGCGUGCUCGUGGAGUUGCCGCGGCCACGGACGAGGCCACUUGUGGUGGCAGGAAGCUGGGUUUCUUCAUAUGCUUUCAAUUUCUUGCGAGCAGUGGCAUGGAGGUAAUCCCGGUGUUGGGCGCGCCGGUCUGCGCGCACGUUCCCGUCUUGCUCAAGCUGCGGGGGCUACAAGUUGAUGAUUCCGAAUGGCUCUGGGCGCCGGGUACGGAGCCGUGGGACAUCCAAAAGGCCGCUGAGUGUUGGUUCAUGCACGCAGAGGACUACCUCUGCCAGCUGCACGAUGUCUACGAGAGGCGUCGUGGGCGAGCAGCUGGGCUGAAGCUCAAGAGGGUGCCUCUGGCACAGGAAUGGAGCAGGCAGUUCAAAGCUCGGUCGUCGCUUGAGUUCAGGGGAGUGGCGCCCCUGACAUCAGCAGCUCGGCGAACAGCGCAACAGAAGGCCUACAUGCUGGAGCGAGGCUGGGGACGGUUCUCUUGUCUCAACAGGCAGCUGCAGGUCAUCGAUGGCGCCGUGAUCGAGGGCGACUGGCGGCCGUCCACCUGGGGCCUUGGCGAAGAUGUCUAUCGCCAAGGUGGUCGCGGUGCUGCGGUCGGGCAGCGCCGCAGCUGCCGGUUACAUGCUGGAGGCGCUCGGCGACCGCCUGCCGCAGCUGCGGCAGCGCAGGCCUACCAGAGCGAGUGGAAGGCGCGGGCAUGCGCAGCUGCCCAGGAGAAGGGCGGCAGAGCGGCCUUCGGCUUCAUUCGCGCUGGUCAUCAGGUCCAACCGUCAGUGUUCGAGGUGCUGGACGAGGAGCAGGAGCAGCCCAUGCCCCUGGGCGGCGACGCGGCCAUGAAUAAGCUCACGCAGCAGCGGGGCCCGCUGUGGCAGCACAAGCUUCGACAGGAUGAAGCUCAUCCCGACACUUGGCGAGGUGCCGAGUUCGACGUCGAGGAGCUGCCGUUGACGCUGCAGAACCUGAGGGAGGUGGUCGAUACAUACAGCGACAGGGCAG